AUGCCGCUCAUCAAGCGUGCCCCGUCUUCGAGAGCUCCAACCGGUCCACACGGUGGUGAUACUUCCUCUUCUCAGACUCAGUCCUACAACACUGAGGAGGACGACUCCUCUGCCGACACAAGCCAAGACUACACGGAAUCAGAGGAGGAGGACUACUACAGCGAGGACGACGACGACGACCUUGGUCCUGCCGACUCAGCUUCUACGAGCGACCACGAGCAGCACUACGGCCGCCCUCAACGAUUGCCGCAGCAGCGCCAGCAUCAACUUCCAGCAGCAGGCCAAUUUGGGCAACAAUACCCACCACAGCACCCAUAUUCGACGCAGCACCAGUUCCCGCCGCAACACCAGCUUCCUCCACAGCAGCAUCAACUCCCUCCCCGCCAACAAUUGACUCCUCACCAGGCUUUGCAGCCCCAUCAGCCCCCUCCUCCACAGGAUUACGGGUUCGAAGAGGAACCGCAGCCGCAGCAGCAGUCUUAUCGUCGACCGUCGCGGCGCGAUCGACCGCCAAAAACCGCCACCCUGGACGACCCUCGUUAUGGCCCGGCCUACGGCCGUGGCGGCUUCCCGCACCCUACGGCCCCGGGCCGGCCCGGACCAGGCCAGUUCUUUGGCCGGGGCCAAGCUGGCUUCCAGAACCAUGUUGGUCCUUAUAUGGGCUAUCCCGCCAAUAGCCAGAUGGUCCCUUUCGGGUAUGACCCGAACAACCCAUACGACCCCUAUGGCGGCGAGGGAAGGGGCAUGUAUGACAUGAUGCCCUACCAGGGACAGCAGCAACAACAGCCACCUGGGUUCUACGGAGCAAUGCAGCCUCACCAAUACGGCAUGGGCUCCCACAUGCAAAUGCAUCUGAAUCCACCCCCUCCCCCGCCUACUGAGGUCGCUGCCAAGCCAUCCACACCAGCACCUCCAAAGGAAGACCCGGAAAAGAUUCGCCUUGAGGCUGAAAUUGCUGCCUUCAAGGCCAUGGAGGAGAAACAAAAGGCUGCAGAUAAGCAAAAGGAGGUCGAGGCUCAGAUCCGCAAGGAGGCUGAGGAGGCCUUCCAUCGCCGAAUGGAGGAUAUGAGAAUUGCUCAAGAAGAGGCCAAGAAGGAGAUCGAAAAGGCCAGAAUCGAAGCUGAAAAGGCCGCUCGUGAGAGGAUGGAGGCUGAACGAAAGGCCGAGGAGGAGCGAGCUCGAAAACACGCCGAGGCUAUGGCUGCAGCCGAGGAGAAGGCUCGACUCCGGUUCGAAGCUGAGAUGAAGGCAGCUGAGAUGCGUCGACAAGCUGAGGCCGAGGCACGCGCUAAGGCUGAAGAAGAGGCCAGGCUAAAGUUCGAGGCUGCUGCUAAGGCCGCUGAGGCACAACGAAAGGCAGAGGCAGAGGCUCGCGCCAAGGCUGAGGAGGAUGCCAGGAUCAAGUUCGAAGCUGCUGCCAAGGCUGCCGAGGAGCAACGCAAGGCUGAAGCCGCGGCCCGUGCUGAGGCCGAGAGAGAGGCUCGAGAGAAGUAUGAAGCCGAGAUGAAGGCCGCUGCUGAGCAGCGCAAGGCGGAGGCGGAAGCUCGUGCCCAGGCCGAAGAAGAAGCUAAGAGGAAGUUGGAGGCCGCUGCCAAGGCUGCCGAAGAGCAAAGAAAGGCAGAGGCUGAGGCUCGCGAGAGAGCCGCGGAAGAAGCCCGACUCAAGUACGAGGCUGAACUGAAGGCGGCUGAAGAGCGAGGAAAGAGGGAAGCUGAAGAGCGUGUCCGGGCUGAGAAGGAGGCCCGAUUGAAGUUUGAAGCCGAGUUGAGGGCAGCUGAGGAGAGGAGAAAGAAGGAAGAGGAGGAACGCGCACAGGCCGAAGAGCUUGCUCGAGUCCGUUUCGAGAAGGCGCUGAAGGAGGAGGCUGAGGCGAAGGCCGCCGCUCUGAAGAAGGCGCAGGAGGAAGCUGAGCGUCUGAUGAGAGCUGAGGCUGAGGCCAAGGCUGCUGCCGCCGCCGCCGCUGCUGCGGAGGCCGAGAAGCUCAAGAAGUUUGAGGAGGAGACUCGAGCCAAGGCUGAGGCCGAGGCCCUUGCCAAGAUUGAAGAGGAGAAGAAGGCGGCGGCUGCUAAGGCCGAGGCUGAAGAGGCGGCUGCUAAGGCCGCGGAGGAGCUCAAGAAGAAGAUUGAGGAGGAAACCAAGGCGAGCCUCGAAGAGUCAAAGAAGUCUGCCGAGCAGGCCCCGAUUCGAUUCAAGGACGCUGUCGGCCGAAAGUUCACCCUUCCGUUCCAUCUCUGCCAAACGUGGCAGGGCAUGGAGGACCUCAUCAAGCAAGCGUUCGUCCAGGUCGACGUUCUGGGACCUCACGUUAUGGACGGCCAUUACGAUCUCAUUGGCCCAGAUGGCGAGAUUAUCCUUCCCUCUGUGUGGGAAAAGGUCAUUCAGCCCGACUCGCUCAUCACCAUGACAAUGUGGCCAAUGGACAAGGUGCCUCCUCCGGGGGUUAAGAUGCCCCCUGGUCGCCAUGGUCACCCGCCCAUGCCUCCCCACGGACGCGUCCCGAUGAUGCCCGGUGGUGUUCGACCUCCUGGUGGCAUGCCUCCUGGCGGCAUGCCCGGUGGUGUCCCCGCUGGUGGUAUCCCUGGAGGAUUCCGCCCUCCCCCAGGAUGGCCCGGAGCAGGCGCCCGACCCGGCCCCGUUCCCAACAUUGUCAAUGUCGGACCUCCUCCUGCCGCCCCUGCCAAGCCCUCUAAGCACAAGAAGCCUGCCAACCACUCGGCCUUUGCUGGCUUCAUGUUCGGCAAGCCCCAAAAGAAGAAGUCGAGCAAGAAAUAA